AUGGCUGCCCUAAGAUUCGUGAGAUCACUUCGAGUCACAGGAGCAGAGCCAGGACGUGUGGAUUUUGAGCUUGAUAUCAAGAAGGAGCAUACUAACCGUUUAAAUAUCAUUCAUGGGGGUACAAUUGCUAGCAUGGUGGACCUAGGUGGCUCACUAGCUGUUGCGUCAAGAGGUCUUUAUGCUACCGGUGUUUCCACUGAUUUGAAUGUCACAUACCUCAAUUCUGGUGGUAAAGUUGGAGACGUAUUGAAAGCGGUAGUGACUUGUGACAAAUGUAGGUCGGAAAGACGUUAG